AUGGCGGGUCCCGCAGCACGUUCGGCUCGAUUCUCCGAAAGCCGCUUAAAGCCUCUGAAGGACAGGGAUCCUCUUGAGGUGGUUGGAUUUGUGUCCAAAGGUGAUCGGCUGCUCCUAGAUCACAAGGAACAAAAGAAAUAUUUUGAGCGCAUCAAGGGUCGAUGGAUGGAGUUUUGUGCUCGACAUGCCGGAAAUCUGAUUGAAGCUUUCGCAUCCCUUCCUACCAGUGCCUCCGUGGACGCGACAAAGAACCCACCGACGUCUCGCCUCCAGUUGCCUAGCCACAAGACCGGGCAGACUGGUCCUCCGCCGGCUACGGAAUUAUCCACUCUGCUGCUGUCUCUCCGCAAGCUCCGGGAAGCCGUGCUAGCCACCGCGUCCUCAGUUCCCGUGCCUUUCCAGCAGCAGGUCCAUGUGUUUUCAGUCACAGUUUCCAUCCGCGCUCAGCAUCCACCUUCAUAUUUCCCUUCUCUCCGUUAUCUUCUUGAAACAUUACAUUCACCCUCUCACCCUUUACCCGACUCCGAGCUCAGAGACAUCAUAUCAUAUUUGAUCCUCGACUAUGCGUGCCGGCAACGGGAUAUGGUUUCUGCCUUCGAGCUGCGUGCACGCGCGCGUACUCAAUACGCCUUCGAGUCGGACGUAGUUGACCGUGUUUUGGCGGCGCUGAUGCAUGACAAUUGGAUUGCCUUUUGGCAGGUUCGGAACGAGGUGGAUUCACCUACGCGGGCUGUGAUCAAUUGGGCCGAGGACCGUGUCCGGAGGCAUGCGCUGAAAGCCGUCGGCAGUGCUUAUCUCAACGUCAACGUGAGCUGGAUUGUCGAAGGCUGUACAGGAGAUGGGAGACAGUGGACUUGGGAGAAAUUGGUGGAGAAAGAAGGCUUGGGUUGGCAGCUAGAAGGUGACAAGGUAGUCAUUCGAAAACCUAAACCCAAAGUGGUACCAGUCAAGAACAGCGAAUGA